AUCUAGUGAAGUACUGAUGUUUGUCCUUUCAACAUAGUCACUGGUCUAUAAGUCUUUGAGCUUUGGAAUGUAGUUGAUCUGCUUCCAUACUGAACUCAGCAUGAGGGAUUUACUCAGCCUUGCUUUAGGGAUUGUGUUUGCCAGCAAAAAAAAAAAAAAAAAUUGGCAGUUAUAAGCUGUUUUUUUUCCAUGCAGGGAGACUUCAGUGACCUUAUCUCUACAGGAGGUUCCCUGUGAUGAAAACUAUUUAACACCGCCUCAUCUGGAGAAAACACUGGAACUGCGCUGAGCUGUUUGGACCUCCAAAUCGUCUUGAGACAAUGAACAGCAUUAGUUUAUUCUGUCUCCUUCUGUGGACAGGAGUGUCUUCCUUUAAAUUUGAGGAGUUGGUGCAAUAUGUCAAUACCCAUGAAGAGGAAUUUAUCAAGACACUGAGAACAUGGAUUGCUGUGGAGAGUGACUCCAGUGAUGUUACAAAGCGAUCCGACUUAGACAGAAUGAUGGACAUGACUGCAGAGAAACUCCGCCUCAUUGGAGGAAGCGUGGAAAUGAUCGACGUUGGAACACAGGCGUUGCCCAAUGGAAGCACAAUUGCCUUGCCAAAAGUGGUCACAGCUAAGUUUGGUAGUGAUCCCAGUAAACGCACCGUUUGCGUAUACGGUCACGUGGACGUCCAGCCAGCCAAGAAAGAAGACGGAUGGGCAACAGACCCUUAUGAGCUGACUGAAAUCAAUGGAAAUCUAUAUGGAAGAGGAGCAUCUGAUAACAAAGGACCAGUGUUGGCCUGGAUCCACACGGUGGAGGUCUACAAAGCCCUUAACAUUGAGCUGCCGGUGAAUGUUAAAUUCAUCAUUGAGGGAAUGGAAGAGACUGGUUCUAACGGCUUAGAUGACAUGAUUGUGGCCCAGAAAGACACAUUCUUCUCAGAUGUUGAUUAUAUCAUCAUCUCUGACUGUGUUUGGCUCAGCAAACGUCCCGCUAUGACUUACGGAACCAGAGGCAACUGCUACUUCUUUGCCGAGGUGGAGGGACCCAAGAAGGAUUUGCACUCUGGAGUUUAUGGAGGAACAGUAAUAGAACCAAUGACAGACCUGAUCGGCAUCUUAGACAAACUCAUCAGCCCCAGUGGGAAAAUCCUCAUUCCCGGCAUUAGGGAAGCAGUCGCACCUCUUUCUGAUGAGGAAUGGAAGAUGUAUCAAGACAUUGAGUUUGACUUGGAGAGCUACAAGCAGGAGAUCGGCGUGGACGAGCUGAUGUAUUCUAACAAGGUUGACUUACUCACCCAUCGUUGGCGUUACCCGACCGUGUCUAUCCAUGGCAUAGAGGGAGCUUUCUCUUCAUCAGGCUCCAAGACUGUCAUACCGGCCAAAGUUAUAGCUAAGUUCUCUAUUCGCCAGGUACCUAAUAUGGAUCCAGCCAUGGUUGAAAAACAGGUGACAGAGUAUUUACAGUCGGUGUUUGCUAAACGCAAGAGUCCCAAUAAACUCAACGUCACCAUGGUUAUUGGAGCCAAACCUUGGCUGGCUGAUCCCACCCAUCCAUUAUUUGAAGCUGGAAAAGCAGCGGUCAAGAGAGUUUUUGACGUAGAGCCUGACUUAAUCCGUGAGGGAGGCACGAUUCCCGUUGCCAGAACCUUUCAGGAUGUAACAGGCAAGAGCAUCAUUAUGCUUCCCAUCGGAGGCUUUGACGACGGCCUUCAUUCACAGAAUGAGAAGUUAAGCAGAUACAACUACAUCGAGGGAACCAAGCUGUUUAUUGCCUACCUGCAUGAAGUGUCCCAGAUCAAGAAGUACUGAUCAGAUUAUGUGGGAAGAUUGCUUGAUACCACUGUGCUUCAUCUGCUGUUCUCUGUAACAUACAAAUAUUACCAUUAUGUGUUGGUUGAGUCGCAUACUAACAAAUAUAUUCCUUUUAAUUGAUGCAUAUAUAUGCCUGUUGACAAAGAUUUAAAUUAAACAAAUAAAGUGUUCUGCAACGUA